AACAGUUUUGGAAGUAACUUGAAUCAUGAAGAAACAAAUUGUGCUUGUGUUUUGUUUAUUUCUCAGUCAUUGGAUUAGUCCAGGUCUUUCCCAAGACAACAAGUAUGCAAGAAUCAAAGGAAAUGUUACCCUCUCGCCUGUUGGAGAAUAUGGUGCAGUCAAAAGCGUUGUGUGGAAGUUUGGGUAUGACAAGGUUGCAGAGUAUGAUCCAACCUUCGACACACAAGUACAGUAUUAUGGAUCUUUCAAGGGACGAACAAUGUUGAAUGUGACUUCUGGCAACAUUACAAUAUCUAACUUGACUCCCGAAGAUGAGGGAACGUACACAGUUGAGGUUAACAACGCGGUGUUGGCAACAACUUUUUCUCUCCAACUUUUUGAAAACGUUGGCAAACCAGUAAUCUAUUCCUCCCGAGAGGGAGACCAGAGUAAUCUCACCUGUAAGGGAAAAGCCACAGAGUAUAGUAACUACACCUGGUGGUCAGCUGAUGAUGUGUUACUGGCUACUGGAGACCAGCUGAGGGUCAACAAGACCGGCGACCCAAAGAGAGGAUACAAGUGUCGACUACGCAACCUUGUCAGUGAGCAGACCAGUAACACUGUGCUUGAGGGAGACUUAUUUCCCGCAGUACACAUAGGUCUGGAAACAUGGGCGAUAUGCCUUAUUGUGAUUGCCGUGGUUGGCAUACCAGUAGCAGCAGUAGUAGUAGCAAUCAUCAAAAGAGAUACACUGAAGGCGCUGUGGAAUAAAAAGACGUGAAUUCUGAUGUCAAGGGGUUCAAGGAUCUUAAUUUUUUUCUGUAUGGUGUGUGGAGGAGGUGGCGUAGUGGUUAAUGAUUGGCCUGAUUUUGUUGAUCCUUUUUUCAGCCUUAGUUUUGAUUCUUUCUUAUUUCUGCAUUUAUUCUAUUUUUGUAAAUAAAUACUAUUCAA